UUAAUAUUUAUACAUAAUAUAUUUUUAUUAAUUAUAAUUUUAUAACCGCACAGUAGAAAUAGAGACAGACCUUCUUCACGCUUCCAUGGCUGACCCGUACAACAAGCCUUUCAAUUCUAAGCACUCAAGCCAUGUGGCAUUCCGUCUUCUUUGCCACGCGUCCCGCGUCGGCGCCGUCAUCGGAAAAUCCGGCGUCCUCAUCAGGACCCUUCAGGAAACCACCGGCGCCAGGAUUCGAAUCGAGGACGCCCCGCACGACUCCCCCGACCGAGUCAUCCUCGUCAUUGCUCCCGCCGCCGCCGACGGCGACGUUCCUGAAGUCUCCAAGGCGCAGGAGGCGCUGCUCAAGGUCUUCGAAAGGAUUCUCGACGUCGCCGCCGAGACCGGCGGCACUGACGUCGGCGACAGGGUGGUAUCUUGUAGGCUUCUUGCGAACUCUGCGCAGGUUGGCGCCGUCAUCGGCAAGGCGGGGAAGGUCGUUGAAAAGAUUAGGAUUGACACCGGAUGUAAAAUUAGGGUUUUGAACGACAAUUUGCCCGCGUGCACUGCUCCGUCCGAUGAAAUCAUUGAGAUAGAAGGCCAGAUGACAUCUGUAAAGAAGGCCCUUGUUGCUGUCUCUCGUCGGCUUCAAGAUUGUCCUCCAGUUGAUAGAACAAAGAUGAUGGGAAGCAGGCAUUAUGAAGUGGUUCAGCGUGAAACAUUUGCAGUUCCUCUUGAGCCUUUAACUAAUCUGCAUAUAGAUCACCGUCUGCAGAGGAGCUCUGCAUCGUCCACUUUAUCCAGUAGGUCUAAUGGCAAUGCCUCUAGAGCUCAUACAUUGUCAGCUGAAGUUAAUAAAGUUUCAGCCCUGGAUCCAAAAGCACUUCCACGGGAGGUUACCUUUAGAAUUCUUUGUUCCAAUGAUAGGGUUGGUGGUAUAAUUGGAAAGGGGGGCAGUAUUGUAAGAGCUCUUCAGAAUGAGACAGGGGCUACAAUAAGUGUUGGUCCUUCUGUAGUUGAGUGUGAGGAUCGACUAGUUACUAUUACUGCUUCAGAGUGGCUUCAUUUGUCACAGAAUCCUGAAUCAAGAUAUUCCGCUGCACAAAAGGCUGUUGUGCUCGUUUUCUCCAGGUCUGUUGAGGCUGGUGUUGAGUUGGGCUCAAAAAAGGAGUCAUACGUUACUGCACGACUUGUAGUCCCAUCAAACCAAGUGGGUUGUUUGUUAGGAAAAGGAGGGGCAAUUGUCUCAGAAAUGCGGAAAGCCACAGGAGCUAGCGUAAGAAUAAUCAGGAACGACCAGGUUCUAAAAUGCAUAUCAGAUAAUGAUCAAGUGGUACAGAUAUCAGGAGUGUUUUCAAAUGUUCAAGAUGCAUUAUAUAAUGCAACUGGUAGACUGCGAGAUAACCUUUUUGUCAGCACACAAAACAGUGGUGGAACAAGGAGCCUUUCCUCUGUGCUAGCUGAUAUUGGUCCCUAUAGGAGACUGAGGGAUCCCAUUCCUGUUGGAGACCAACCAAAUGUUGCUGUUUCUCAUAGUCUCAGUAGACAUCCUUUGCCAGGGUUACAGGCACAACAGACAGUGACUGGGAUAAAUUUCAGAGGCAUCAAUGAUGUUGGCAUGGGAAUGACUUUUCAAGAAGGCAGCUUAGAACUUGUCAGUGGGAGUAAAACUGCCAUGGUUACCAAUACCACUGUGGAAAUUUUGGUUCCUGAUGAUGUUAUUGGCUGUGUAUAUGGGGAAAAUGGUAGCAAUCUGGCUCGCUUGAGACAGAUAUCAAGAGCUAAGGUUGUCGUCCAUGAACCCCGUCCUGGAACAAGUGACAGGAUUAUUGUCAUAUCCGGUACACCUGAUGAAACUCAAGCUGCGCAGAGCCUUCUUCAUGCAUUUAUUCUUAGUGGGUCGUCAUGACAAUAUCCCCUCGCGGACAACAGAUUAAUUUUCAAGUAGUUUUACUUAUGUUUAUUCCCUAUCUUAGGUCUUUUUUUAUUUGAUUUUUUCAUUUAAUCCUACCCUAAAAGCAUGUUCACUAUAUUCGGAAAAUAUCCAGCCCUUUUACUAUUUCCUGCCAGUAAUCUUGAGUGUCUAUUGCCACUCUAAUGUGUCAUUGCCAAUCUUAUUUAGUUAAAUUUCAUAAAAUUUCUUUACAUUAUGACUUUGAUGAACAAGGAAUAGUAUUUUAGAUGAAAAUAAUUUGAAUAGAAGAGAUAAUACACUUUUUUUU